AUGGGGAGUGGGCACAUUUUGGCCAUACCUUAUCCAGCACAAGGCCAUGUGAUUCCCUUGUUGGAAUUUUCGUUGUGCUUAGCCAAACAUGGUUUCAAAAUCACGUUUGUAAACACAGAGUACAUUCACAAACGUGUAGUGAGUGCUCUAGCAGAAACAAAUCAUAUAGGGGAUGGUCGUGUUCAUCUAGUAUCGCUUCCUGAUGGCCUGAAACCUUGGGAGGAUAGAAAUAAUCUUGGCAAAUUAACUGAAACAAUGUUGCAAGUCAUGCCUGUGAAGCUAGAAGAGCUGAUAAACACAAUCAAUGGAUUGGGUGGCAAUAAAAUUACUGGUGUUAUUGCUGAUGAGAACCUUGGGUGGGCUUUAGAAGUUGCUGCAAAGAUGAAAAUCCCGCGAGUCGCCUUCUGGCCAGCUGCUGCUGCAUUGUUGGCUAUGCAAUUUAGCAUCCCAAACUUGAUUGAACAAAAACUAAUUGAUUCUGAUGGAACCUUACUGAAAAGCGAGGACAUCAAGUUAGCAGAAUCAGUACCCAUAACCAGAACGGAAAGAUUGGUUUGGGCAUGUGUUGGUGACAAAGAGACCGAGAAAAUUCUAUUUCAAGUUUGCUUAGGAAACAACAAAGCAAUAGAAGUGGCAGAUUGGGUUAUCUGCAAUACUGUAUAUGACCUUGAGGCAGAAAUCUUCAGCUUAGCUCCUCGUAUUCUCCCAAUUGGCCCACUUUUAGCAAGAAAUCGACUCGAAAACUGUAUUGGACACUUCUGGCCAGAAGAUUCAACUUGCCUGAAAUGGCUCGACCAGCAAGCUCCAUGCUCAGUCAUUUACGUUGCAUUUGGAAGCUUCACUGUUCUAGACAAAACUCAAUUCCAGGAGUUAGCCUUAGGGCUUGAGCUUACAGGCAAGCCAUUUCUCUGGGUGGUGAGGCCAGACAUUACUGAAGAGAACCCUAACAAUGUCUUCCCGUUAGGGUUUCAAGAGAGGAUAGAAUCUCGCGGGAAGAUUGUGGGUUGGGCUCCUCAACAAAGGGUUCUUAAUCAUCCCUCAAUUGCUUGCUUUGUGAGCCACUGUGGCUGGAAUUCUACCCUUGAAAGCCUCAGCAAUGGCAUCCGAUUCCUUUGUUGGCCAUACUUUGCCGACCAGUUUCUUAAUGAGAGCUACAUUUGUGAUAUAUGGAAGGUGGGGUUGAAAUUGAAGAAAGACAAACAUGGAAUCGUUACAAGAACAGAGAUUAAAGAAAAAGUGGAGAAGCUCAUCGCAGAUGAGGAUUUGAAACAGAGAAUUCAAAAAUUAAAGAAAACGGUCGUGGAAAGCAUCAAAGAAGGCGGUCAAUCUUAUAAUAACCUGAACAACUUCAUAAACUGGUUGAAAACUUAA